CCUCCGCCUCCGGCACGGUGACGUGCCCUGUCCCGGUGCCGGACCCGCCCUGCCCCACGUCACCGGCCCGGGCGGCUCCGAGUUAAAGCAGCGCCCAGUGCGGGCUGAGGCCAGGGUUCGGUGCCGGUCCCGUCCCGUCCCGCUGUGUGCCCAGAUGUCGGUGGCGGCGAGUUCCCAGCUGGACAAGGCGGUGCGGGAGCACUACCUGCGGCUGUCCCAGGGCGGCUGGGUGCAGGUCACCUACGUGUGGGUGGAUGGAACGGGCGAGGGGCUCCGCUGCAAGACCAGGACGCUGGAGUCCGAGCCCAAGGCUCUGACAGACAUCCCGGAGUGGAACUUCGACGGCUCCAGCACCUUCCAGUCGGAGGGUUCCAACAGCGACAUGUUCCUGAUCCCCGUCCGCAUCUUCCGAGAUCCCUUCACCCUGGACCCCAACAAACUUGUCCUCUGCGAAGUCCUCAAGUACAACCGGAAGCCGGCAGAGACUAACCUGAGGCACUCAUGCAAGGAGGCGAUGGAGCAGGCGAGGGACGCUCACCCCUGGUUCGGUCUGGAGCAGGAAUACACCCUGUUGGGCAUCGAUGGACAUCCCUACGGGUGGCCGCAGAACGGAUUCCCCGCACCGCAAGGACCAUACUAUUGUGGUGUUGGAGCAGAUAAAGUUUAUGGUCGAGAUAUAGUGGAAGCUCACUAUAAAGCGUGUAUCUAUGCUGGAGUGAAGAUCUCAGGCACCAAUGCAGAAGUCAUGCCAUCACAGUGGGAAUUUCAGGUGGGGCCUUGUGAAGGGAUUGAAAUGGGAGAUCACCUGUGGAUAGCCAGAUUCAUCCUUCAUCGCAUUUGCGAAGACUUUGGCGUUGUGGCAACAUUUGAUCCGAAGCCAGUAACGGGAAACUGGAAUGGAGCUGGGUGCCAUGCUAACUUCAGCACCAAGGACAUGCGGAGUCCAGGGGGGCUCAAGCACAUUGAAGAAGCAAUUGAAAAGCUAAGUAAGAGGCACCCACACCACAUCCGCAUGUACGACCCGAGCGGAGGAAAGGACAACUCCAGGAGACUGACCGGUCAGCAUGAAACGUCAAGCAUCCAUGACUUCUCGGCUGGAAUAGCAAACCGUGGGGCCAGCAUCCGAAUCCCACGUCAGGUUGGACAAGAUCAAUGUGGAUACUUUGAGGACAGAAGACCAUCUGCAAAUUGUGACCCUUAUGCUGUUACUGAAGCCCUAGUCAGGACUUGUAUCUUAAAUGAAGUUGGAAAUUAAACUGAAAUAAACUAAAAUUUUGCACUAAGUAAUGGGUUUUAGACUUCUACAAGUCCUUGAUACCAAGGGGCUGAGCAAUACUUUUAAUCUAUCACUAAAGGUUGUCUUCUUUUUAAAAAAGAUACAAAGAAAGUGUCACUAUUCAAGGAUGUAAAUCAUUAUGUAAUACUGGUUCUCAAGCUCAAUUGUACGUGUGGACAUGCAUAUUUAAUAUUCUAAUCUUUCUAUUUAUCAAUUCAGUAUCAAACAUUUAAGGUCAAAGAAGAAUUAAUUUGUGGGGUCCUUGGUACAACUUUGACAAGAGUUUGGAGAGACUUGCGUCAUAUUUCUUGGAGUACGACUUACUUUUCCGCAUGGGGUACUUUGUGUGAAUCUGCUAAUAUGCUCAGUUAUUUCUGGUCUGAGUACAAAGGGUCCUGGCUUCAGUCAGCAGCUGCAAAAUAGUUUAUUCUAAUUCUUUUAUUUUAAUGGAAUAAAACACUUUGGACAGAU